AAAAGUUGGAAGAUUUCUUUCCUAUGGGAUGAAGAUAUUGGAGCAAGACUUUUAGGGGUGCAUUGUUUAUAAAGUUCCCAGACCUUGGUCCUGAAGAGCCGGCCCACAAAGACAUAAAUUACUGGAUUCAGGGAGCUGUUAGUGAAGGCAAAGAAGUUGGCCAAUUGCAGGCCCAGGUCAAUGAAGUCCUCCCAAAAGCAGCCUUGGACUGCUUGCACCUGGAAUAAGAAUUCCAGGAAGGCAAAGAAGUGGUAAGGGGCCCAGCAGACCAGGAAGGCAACCACGAGCGUGAGGAUCAGCGCUGUGGUCUUGCUAUCCUUGCGGCCCCCGCACCUUGUCCUGCUGACCUCCUCCUGCCUUCGCAGGGAGGCCAGGAUGUGGUAGUUGAAGAAGACGAUCGCAGCCAGUGGUAGGAGGAAACCCAGAAUAUUUAACUCCACAAUCCUUGCAAAGUGCCAGGCCUCAUGGGGGAGGAGCAGGAUGCAGGCGGUGAUGUUCAGAUCUGGGACGGCUUGGAUGGAUCGCAGCAGGAAUGUGGGGAUGCUCAAGAGGCCCCCCACAACCCAGAUGAGCACGCAGGUGACCCGGGCCUGCCUCCGCCGCUGCUGCCUCCGGCUGGCCAUAGGGUGCACCAGCACGCGGUAGCGGUCCUGGCUGAUGGCCACCACCAGGAAGAUGCUGAUGAACAAAUUGGCCUUGAUGACCCCGUUGAUGACACGGCAGAGGAGGGCUCCGAAAGGCCAGUUAAACUGGUUCCAGAUAGUCUCUGCCCAGAAGGGCAAGCCCAAGACAAACACCAGAUCAGAGGCUGCCAGGUUGGCCAGGUAGAUUUCUGCCACGUUCAGUUGCCGCCGGGGCAGGAGGAAGACCAACAGGACAAAAAGGUUCCCUAGGAGGCCGAAGAAACAGAUGGAGAUGAUAAAUGUCGGCAGCACUCUGUGCAGCAGGUCCCAGGCUUCUGGAGCAUUGUCACAGGCCGUAGCAUUUUGAGGGAAGAGCUGGCUCUGGUUGGAGGAUUGGAGCUCUAGAGGGGGCCAGGAUGAUGCCAUGCACAGUGACCUGAAAUGAACAGAAGGUAGAAUAAAACAGGAAGUGGCAGACUACAGCCUAUGAGCCAAACCAACCUGUCACCUGUUUUUGGACAAUAAAGUUUUAUUGGCACAGAGCCACACCCAUUCAUGGACGUAUUAUCUACAGCUGUGUUCAUGCUACAAGGGUGAGUCGAGCGCUUGUAACGGAGACUGUCUGGCUUGCAAAGCUGAAGAUAUUUACCAUCUGUUCCUGAGGAGGAAAAGUUUGCUGACCUCUGGUUUAAGGGAUGGUGCCUGAGUCCAAAUCCCGGUACAAUCACUCAGUGUGAGAGUGCGUAUAAGGCCAGCUCUGCCACAAAGAGCACGUGCAGGUCUCAUCUCUGCUUUGCCUCUUGCUGGAAGACAGUCUGUGAAGAGAGCUGGCCUGAGUGAGCUGGACUUCGGAGUUGCAUCUGGCUGCCUUGCCAAGGUGGUGGAGGGCGGAAAGGAAAGUUCUUUAAGAAGACCCACGUUUCCCCUUGUUGCUCAUCUCCAUGGGAAAUGCGAGACAGGCCCGGGCUCAGCAGGUUCUUCAAAAUGAAAGACUCUAGUACAUGUCACCCAGCAGACCUCUACAAAUAGCACCCAGAUGCUGAGCCUCUCCAGGGUUCGUUCUUAGUCCUUACACGACAUCUGAUGUCUCCAGUAUUCUCCCAAUUGUAGACGGAGGACAGAAAGCCACAGCUGGGCAGAAUUCUCGCCAGGAUGAAAUGCAGCACCCUCACUGUGGUCCAGCUCGUGUCCUUUCACCCCCGACCAAGGCUGUUGGCGGUCACACCUUUCUUCCCAUCACAGGGUUUAGAAACUCAUGCAACGUACAUACAAGUCUGCAACAAAGGACUGUAAACCAA